AACCAAACAAACCAAUUAAAAUCUAAAAAACCAAAACCAAACAAAUAGACAACUCAGAACUACCUCUAUCUCCUUUCAAAUCAAUCAGAAGGACGAUCACGAAGAAACAUAUUGAUGAACGGAAAAUAUUCGAAUUUAUUAUUGAUAUCUUGAUUGAUAUCAAGUUUGAGAAAAAUUAAUUCUACCAACAAAGCUUCUCGUCGUGAAUCUCGAGAUGCAAAAGCGACAUACCACCUCAUCUAAUAACGAUAAUAAUCUUCAACGUGAUUCUUCACCUUCUCGACCCUCUUCCUCAACUCGUCUGAGUCAACUCUCAGCUCGACCUGGAAUGAUCUCUCGCAGACGGCUUCUGAUAGCCCUCGGUGCUGGUGCCACAAUCUUUAUUCUGUUACAUUUCAUAAGCUUUUCUGGAUCACCGGCCGGUUCCUUACCUGGAUUCGCCACACGUUCAUCCACAUCAAGAAGGACAGAUGCUCAACAAAUCUCGGCACGUCGUCAACGAUUAAUCCAAGGCUCAUCUUCAUCUUCCAGUUCAGGAAUCGGUCCCGCCAAUUUCAGUGAUCUUGCUCCAUUCACAUUUUGUCCUACCUUUGGUGAAGGUGAUGAAUUAGGUCAAGUUUAUGGACAACAAGCUAUCCUUAAAACUCGUACCCAUAUUGGAUCGAGUGAUCGAGUUAAAAGGGUCUUGAGAAGGGCUAUGUCUGGUUUACCGAUCACAGUGGGAAUCUUGGGUGGAAGUAUCUCCAGUUGUCAUGGAUUAGAUGCUACCACUGCUCAUCCACUUGGAAAUCCUAUCGGCCCGAAUUGUUAUCCUCAUCGUAUUUUCUCUUGGCUCAAUGACGUAUUUCCACACCCGGCUAACGAACUCACCAAUGGUGCACUUCGUCGAACGGGUACUUCGUACUUUGGAUAUUGUUCAGCGAUGCAUCUUCCGGAUCGGGUUGAUUUAGUCAUCGUCGAGUUUGAUACUGAUGAUCCUCAUGACCAGGAAACGAUUGCAACCACUGAUUUAUUAAUCCGAUCACUCUUGCUUCGUCAAGACCAACCAGCUGUGAUCUUACUUGGACAUUUCUCACCACAACUACAAAGUGAGCACGGUUUUGCUGGACCAGAAGUCUGGCAUUCAGCUGUAGCACAUUUCUACGAUGUACCCCACCUCAGUGUGAAAGGGCUUCUUUAUGAGGAGUAUCUCGUCAACCCAGAAAAAGUGAAACAGUCAUAUUUUAUUGAUCCAGUACUAGCCAAUGCCAAAGGUCACGAACUUUUAGCAGAUACGGUGAUUUCAUUCUUAGAGAGCGAAAUAUGCUCAGUAUGGGAUCAAGCAGCUCUAGAGGCCGAUUUAGCUGGAUUGGCCCCGCCCAUUAUUGGAGAUUCGGGAUUCAGUAAAUCAGAAAGUUUGAGUAUGACUGGCUCGAAUGCAAACACAGCCCCAAGUUAUUCUAAAAUCCCAUCGUUUAGAAUUCAUGACAAACCACAUACGAUUUCGAGUUUUAGAGAAAUCAAACCGAAUUGUGCAUCAGCAAAUGAUUUGAUUAAUCCAUUACCACAAUCAGUUUUUAUUAAUUCAGGUUGGGAACCUAUUGCACCUAAGAUAGAUGCAGAAGAUGAACGACAUUAUUGGUAUAGUGAGAAAGGUGGAAGUUUGAUUAAGAUUCCCUUGAAAGUCGAAGGUGGAGAUAUUGCAGUUUAUUAUCAAAAAGGACCUAGGAAAGAUGGAUGGGGUAGUGUGAAGUGUUGGGUUGAUGAUAAUACGGCGGGUGGGGUUGAAUUACAAGGGUAUUGGGAUAAUGAUUUUGUUAGACCUGUGGUUACGAGGAUUGAUCAAGGUGUUGGAAAAGGAUCACAUUAUGUUGUAUGUGAAUUACAACCGAAAGAGAAAACUAAAUUCAAGAUUUAUGGAAUCUUUUCUACAUAGAUUCGAAAAUGGGAAAAGAUAUUUAGAGUUUAGAUUAGGUCAUGUUUAGUAAUACAUAGGUAAAUCCAAGAAGAUCAAAAGCAUAAUUUUUCAAGACACGAUCAACAGUUUUUCAUUUUUUUCUCUUUACUUUUUCUUUUGACUUUUUUACUCUUAUAUAUAUGAUAAAUAAAUAAAUAUAUAUGUGUGUGUGUCUGUGUUUUUUUUUCAUUUGAUAAAGAAGUAGAUUGAAGAAAUGGUUUUGGUGUAAAGAGAGAAAGAGAAUGAAGAGAAGAGAGAAGAGAAGAGAAAGAAGAAUAGAAGAGAGUUUUGGGAGGUUGAUUUUGAUUUGUUCUUUGUUUUUUUUUUCUUAAUGUUUUUGUUUUUUUUGGUGUAUCCACAAUGAUUUUCUUUUUGGUUUUACUUUUUUUUUGAUUUCAUGAUGAUGAUGAUGAUUUUUUGAUUACUUUAUUUGAUUACAUUUUUCUUUUUUUUUGAAUUAUGAUAGAUG